UUAUCAACGUAUUAUUGUUGUUAAUUGUGUAUUUUGAACCUUUGCAGUAUAAAGAAAAAUGACUCUCUUAAAGUGGAAGAAAGUGCUGUUAAUGUGGGUAAAAGGCUCAUUGUAUAUGAAGAACAAUCCCGACAAUUUAGAAGACACUGAUUUUGAGGGAUUCCUUCGUUUCUGUGUGACGCACGUUACAUUGUCCGCAUCCACUGAUUGCGAACCCAUGAUACAGUGUCUUACUGAAUUUUAUCCAAAUUUUACACCGAAGCUAGAUGAGAUGGGUCAUGUCAUCCGCGACGAUUACGUAUAUGUUUACACAAUUCUGCUACACUUCUCAUGCGUUCUGAAACCAUGUGAAUACUUUCUGAACAACAUAAACAAUUUAUCAUCCGACAUUCAGAGCUCGAUUAAUCAAUUCCUUUAUUUGACGGCAAAUGGAAUUCAGGAAACGCGCUCACGACUUGGCAAUUUAAUUGCCAACAUGAUUAACACCGAGAGCCCGUUUCCCAGGAUCUAUUCCACUGUACCGGUGGUUGAUCGAGAUUCAGUUAGGAAAAGCGGAGAUUUCCCAGAAAAAUCCGGGGAUAUUCAACGCACAGCAAAUAACUCGCCAAUGAAAUCUCCAGAUUUUUAUGAUUGGAAUAUAUUGCCACAGAAAAAGCCAGAUGAAAAUGUGAAGAAAACGGAAACGCUUAACAAAAGUGAAGGUAACUUAUCGGCAGUAUCAAAAAUUGUAGAUUGCAGUUCGAUAGAAUGGAAAGUCGAGUUCUAUGUGUCUCGGAAGCCAAAGGAUGCAGGUAUCACUGGGGUUGCUUCUUCUCCUUCUGCCCAAUACGAUAUUUUGGAUACUCUGGCAAAGAAAGAGUCGCUCUCCGCCAAGGAUAAGUCCCUAUCCCCAAAUGAAAUAUCUAUGGACAGUAAAGACGAAAAUCGGCAUCUAUGUAAACAAAGUAAAGGAUUGGAAACUGAGAACUAUGUUCUAUUUGUGAAGAAUCUGCUUAAAGUAAUGGAAAAAUACGAUAUAGCGCUGCCAACGAUCGAUAAUAUUGAAACGUCAUUGCCACUUGUGUUGGAACAAAUUGAUGUUCAGUUAGGAAGAUUUUUCCAAAAAUACACACGAGAACAGCGGAUGAAUAGCAUGUUGCAGCAGGAUUACGAUUUUAUUAAGGAGGAACGGGAUCAAUUGGUGGAACAGCAGCUGGGACAUCCGCUGGCGCAUAGUAGCAGUAUUAAGGAAAAUAGUGACGAGGAGGAUCAAGAAAUAGACCUGAAGGCACUGGCGGAGAAGCAACUUUUAGAGGAUCUGAAUCUAAUCAACGACAAGGUGGUUGAAACAAUGAGAAGUAUGCGUGUAAUUGAUGAUGACCUACAAGACCUAGCUAAUCAGCUUCUGGAUCAAUAUGAGCGAAUCGCAGCUACGGAUUCUUUAGAGGUUAAAGAGCAAUUUGAGAUGCAAAUGUAUGAGUUCGUCGCUGAUUGCGAUGAUCAGCAAAAGUUAAUGACCAAGUUGAUGGAAAAAUUGAUUGAAAAAGGACCUAAUGAAUGUAAGGUGUUUGUGCAGCCGAAGUCAAACCAAAUCGAUGUUGAAACCAGGCAGCAAUGCAUUGAUUUACAAACACAAUUGGAAAUUUCUCAAAAAGAGCUGAUGACAUCGCAGGAAAAACUCUAUCAGGUUGAGCAAAAAUUGUCCAAAAAGAUUCAUGAAUGUAAGAAACUUAAGCACAAAGCUCUGAAACAACAGUUGGAGACUUUUCAAUUUAUCGAUGAGUCUGUGAAUUCACAAGUCAACUUGGACUCCUCCGAAAAAAUGUUGCACGUGCAGAAACAAUUGGAGAAGGCUCAACUAGAGCUGAGUAUUUCGCAACAACAUCUCUAUCAAUUGCAUAAUAAACUUCUCGAGGAAUUGGAUGAAUGUGAGGAGAUUGAGUUUAGAAAUCUGGAACAUCACUUUGAGACAGAAUCGAGCAUACAGAUGAAUGUUGUUGAAUCGAAAAGUCACCGAUUUAUCGUUGAAAUUAACAAAUUGAAUUCUGAGCUUGUGAGACUUUCUGCAGGCUUAAUGGAACAAAUGAUUUCACUGGAUUUGACAUCCAAGUCAUUGGCCAAGAUUCAAUCCCAGCUCUUACUCCAGCAAAACACAAUUCAUGUACUGAAAAAUCAAAUCAACGCACAGGAUCAUUUAAUCGAACAUCAUCUAGUCGAUAUGAAACUUAAAAUCAACAUUUUGGACAGCCGACAGGACUUGAUGCAAUACAGAUUAAAUAAACAACUUCAGAAACUACCAGUGCAAGAUAAUGAAGAAACUCAAGAACAUGAUCCUAAAUUGGAAGAGCUAGAACUGCAGCUGAUAACUUAUCGCAAUGAGUUGAGCCGUGUACGCAGUCAACGUGAUCGUCUGGAGAGGAAAAGGGAAAAAAUGCUGAAGCGGUUCGAUACGUCACAGAAACCGCUUCGGAUAAAUGUGGAGAUUCAGACUGUACUCUCCAUGACUGCCAAUCAGGCGAACAGAACCCAGUAAAUGAUAAUCAUACUGCUGCAUCGGUUCAAUAUCCACCAAUAUAUCGACAACAGUAAUAUAAAUUUAAAAAAAUAUUGAAUAUUUAUAAAUUGCUUAUAUAUCUUAUA